UAAAGGCGGAAUCGUCCCUAUUUAUAAGAAACCUAAACCUCUCUUUUCUUCUCUUCUCUUUACUUUUUUUUCUCCCAUCCCAAAAUAUCUCCCAUCAAGUAAGUGUUCUGCUCUCUUUGCUGAGAAGCUCCGAUGUCGCGUAGUUGCUCACAGUGUGGAAACAACGGCCAUAACUCCCGCACUUGUCCCUCAGAAAUAACCACCACCGGCGACAACAACGGCGGCGCCGGAGCGAAAGGCAUCAUGCUGUUCGGCGUCCGCGUCACGGAAGCUUCACCACCUUCUGUUAGAAAAACUGUGAGUAUGAACAAUCUCGUUCAACUCGAUCAAACUCUUGAUUCCAACCCUGUUGAAGACGGUGGUGGCUACGCUUCAGACGACGUCGUUCACGCCUCCGGUAGAAACCGUGAACGCAAACGAGGAACUCCAUGGACAGAGGAUGAACAUAGAUUGUUCCUCGCGGGACUGAAUAAAGUUGGAAAAGGUGACUGGAGAGGGAUCUCAAGAAACUACGUGAAGACUCGAACUCCGACUCAGGUGGCCAGUCAUGCUCAGAAAUACUUUCUCCGGCGGGCUAAUCAGGGUCGUCGCCGUCGUAGAUCUAGCCUCUUCGAUAUCACUCCCGAUGCGUUUAUAGGAUCUAUACAAGAAGAGACACAAAUGCAAACACCACUUGAAGGGAUACCUCUAGGAUCUAGACAAAACCGUCAUGUUCCUGUUCCGAUUCCGAUUCCACCAUCAAGAAAAAUGGCUGGUCUCAAUCUCAGCAAGAAAGCUCCGGCAGCGAGGACAACGUUGUCGUUGAAUCUUUCGUCGUCGUCGUCAUCAUCCAAUGAGCAGAAGGCACGUGGCGGAUCAUCACGUGCUUCGGGGUUCGAGGCGAUGUCGAGCAAUGGAGAUAGUAUAAUGGGAGUGGCUUGAUUGAUGAAUGAAGAUAAUGUAUUAAUUUAUUUAUAAUUUAUAUACUAUAUAUAUAUAUAUAUAAUUAAGAUAAAAAAAAAAAAGUAUAAUGAUAAUGAUGGUGAUUAAUGUCGAAUUUGAGAGAGAAAUUUACAUUAGGCUAAUUAGAAUCAGACUCAGGUGAGUUUUUAA